AGGCAUUUCAUUUUGGGUGUGGGCACACACGUGCGUGCUUUGUGUGCUCAAGCUUUCGGCACCCGAGGAAAAAAAGGUUAGCCAUCACUGGUCUAGAGUUUUCUCGAUUAAGAGAAUCAUAUAAAAUAAUCUUUGUUAUAAGGGAUCACAAGGAAUCUACCUCCUAAUUUUUUUCCCUUCUCUAAGUAGUCGGGCUCCUCGUAAAUUUCCAAGCAGUUACUGAGAGCCUGGUUUUCUAUGAAAAGGAAUAAAAUAAGAAAACAGUUCAAUAGAAUUAUACUUCUCAAAUCUUAGCAAAUAGUUGUCUAGUGGCAGUCAGAAUUCUAUUUGUGCUGUAGCAGAAACUUGCAAAGGGAUUUAUACCCCUUCCACAACACAAAUGGGCUUGUGACACCAACCAACAAUGCUCUCUUGUUUCAUUAAAUGCAUUUUGCUGCCUCCGAGCCCAUUAUAGGAACAGAAUAUAAUGUGCCAUGGGAUCGUUUUGAAUUGUAAAACAAGAUCCAGGAACAUCUGGUAUGUUGACAUAUGAUCUCGUCAUUCUCUCCCUGUUCUAGCCUUGGAUAUGAGAAGCAAGAGUUGGUAAAGUAUAGAGAGAACUCAAGGGAAUGUAUCUACUUUGAAACCUUUUGGGUUUCUAGUAUGGAAGAUGACUUUUCAGGCUGAAGAUUUUUGAGUUUGUCAAUACCUUGCAUGAACUGGAGAAUCCAUUCUUCUACCAUAUAUUCUAGAUAUUUGGUGUUAGAAACAAAUGAAUUCAUACUCAGCUAGAGAUAUCAUAUUUGGUUAUAGAAGUCUAGAUAAUCAUUAAGUUGCAGCAAAGAGCUACUUACUGUAUAGAAAACUCUUGUAAUGUUACGGAAGGAAACAUGGACAAAUCUUAGACAAUAAAAAGAAUUGAGUAAAAGGAGAAAAAUAUAGUGGAAAUAAUAAGGGCAGGAUUAGUUGGAAACAGCUAUUCUUUUCCAUGAUUGUAAAGUAUCAUCAAUGCAAUGGACAUAAAUUAAGCAGACUCUGGCAGAUGGUGGAGGACAGGGUGAGGCGGUGUGCUGUGGUCCAUGAAGAGUCCAUGAAGAGUCAGACACGACUUUGUGACUGAAUAACAACACAAAUUCUUUUCCUUUUUUUUUUUUAACUAAAGCAGUGGAGCCCCGUCCAUAAUGCAGUCUAUUUAAAGAAGAAUGAAAACCAUGGUAAUAAAAGGAAGGCACUCUUGGAUAAUUGAAUUUACUGAGUUUGGCAUGCUGUAUUCUACACAACAUCGCAAGACCAGAGAAAAACCUAAGUGGUUUCUAUAAAUUGGUUUAUUAUGUUUCUUUUACUUUAUUUAUUUAUUUGUCACAACAUCAUACAAAAAGAUUAUAUAGUAUACACAUAUAAACAUAUAUAGGAAGAAGAAAAGAAAAACAAUAGGACAGGAACGGUAGGCACGUUUGUGCGCUUAUGCACGCCCCUUAUGGUCCUCUUAGGAAUGGGGUGAGGUCAAUAGUAGAAAGUUUUUGGUUAAAGCUUUUAGGAUUAUGGGAAGAGACCACAGAGUCAGGUAAAGUAUUCCAAGCACUGAUGAUUCUGUUGCAGAAGUCAUAUUUUCUGCAAUCUAGAUUAAAGCGGUUUACAUUAAGUUUAAAUCUAUUGGUUGCCCUUGUAUUAUUGCAAUUAAAGCUGAAGUAGUCUUUGACAGGAAGGACAUUACAAUAGAUGAUUCUGUGAGUUAAACUUAGGUCUUGUCGAAGGCGACGGAGUUCCAAGUUUUCUAAGCCUAGGAUUUCAAGUCUGGUGGGAUAAGGUAUUUUGUUGUUUUCAGAGGAAUGGAGAACUCUUCUUGUAAAAUAUUUCUGGACAGUUGAUGCCACUCACUUUAAUUAGCUUAGUACUUUGCAAGAGGCAGAUUUUGUGAGCAGACUUUCCCACUUGCAUUGGGGGUUUUCCUGAUUAUUUUCUCAUCUGCAUCAUCAUAGUGACUCUGCUUUGCAAAACAUGGGUGUUUCCUUUCCACUGGUGGAGAAUAGCAGCAUUGUAUACAUCUAAUAGACAAUGUGUUUCAGAAAUGCCUGAAAAACUAGCUGUUACUCCAUAAAAAUGAUGAAGAUUUUUAUGUUGGGUAUUCAAGUAUUCAAAUAUCAUACAAUUAAAGUAAGCUCCUUUCAGUGCUUGUAUAACAUUGAGAAAAGAGGAAGAAUGGAGUAACCAUAAAGAGUAACUAAUAUUUUAUAUAUUUCCAAAUUUCAACAAGCUAAUAUAAGUUAUAGAUGAGAAAAAUGAGGAAUGCCCUGAUUCUUUUUGUUCCCCCAGACUUUAAACCAGGGUCCUUUUUCUAUACUUAUAUUCAAUAGUUAUAUUCUUAUAACUUAUAUUCAAUAUUUAUAGUUGAAUUUAGAGGGGACACAGUGGCUCAGUGACUACGACGCUGAGCUUGUCAAUUGAAAGGUCGGCAGUUCAGCGGUUCAAAUCCCUAGUGCUGCGUAACAGGGUCAGUUCCCAUUACUUGUCCCAGCUUCUGCCAACCUAGCAGUUCGAAAACACGUAAAAUAAGGACCACCUCUGGUGGGAAGGUAACUGCAUUCUGUGUACCUUUGCCGUUUAGUCAUGCCGGUCACGUGACCAUGAAGACAUCUUCAGAAAGCGCUGGCUCUUCGGCUUUGAAAAGGAGAUGAGCACCGCCCCCUAGAGUCAGGAACGACUAGCACAUAUGUGUGAGGGGAACCUUUACCUUUACUUAUUCAAUAGUUAGUCUUCAAACUUACUUUGGAUUUGUCUUAUUUCCAUGUAAAAGUUCCGUUCUUAUAUAUAAUAUCCCUAUAAUAAACCAGUACAAUCUAUUAGAAAUGAGCAACUUUCUAAGUUAGUGCUCAAAAAAGAAAAGGAGCUCUUGGGGUCUUCAAGGAGUGUGUGUGUUUAGUAGUGUAGUGGUGGCAAAAGAGGGUAAGGCAGAAACACUUUUUGGCAGCAUUUAGAGGUACAAAAUAAACAGCCCAAUUCCACAUUUUGAAGAAAAGAAAGAAACCAGAAAUCAUGGCACAAAAAUCAGUGAUUUUGUCACCAAAUUUUGGUUGUGCAGAUUAGGGGCAUUUGAGGGCCAGUAAAAUGACUGGUGGAAAACCUGUCCUGAUUCUAAUGGCAAAAAUCAGCCAUAUGGUUUUCCACCAUUCUAAGGCAGAAAAUGCACUAAGUAUGGACUAAUCUGUAAAGUAGGUUAAUUUAAAAGUGAAACAAUGAGACACUCCUCCCUUCCAAAUCCAGAGAGAUCCAGAAUGAUAGCCUUGCUUAACAGCAUCAUUUUGCAUCUUACCCUUAUACAUUGCAUCACAAAAAACUUAAUUUUGCUGGCUACCUGUGUCACUUUUUAAAGAUUUGCACAUCCAAUUUCCCAAAACAGCACAAUUUUCUCAGACCCACAGCUACUGUAGCCAGAUGUUUGCAAGCUUGUGCUGGAGGGCUAUUAUUCAAUAACCUGUCAGGCUAAGAUGGAAGAUUAUAUUUCAGUUCACUAGGUUGGGUCAUAAAGAGACCAAAUUAUCAUGGGCAUUAUUUAAGGAGCAUCUCAUCUAAAAAAACAAGGAUUUUCACCCACGUCAAACAAUGGUUUUCAUUUCAAAAAGAAUCAUAAUCCUCUCUAAACAGAGCCCUCUAAUCAGAUUUCUGUAUGCUUUUUUUAAAAAAAGUCACAAUUGUUGGCACUCUAAUCUGGUAGAGAGCUGAUUUCACAUGCUGCUUGCUGGCAUAUCAAUGGUUAACUGAGCCGGCAUGAUUCUGCUUACCUCAACAAAAUCACCGCAGUGAGAAAGAGAAAGCAAUGAAUGGGUGGAGAUGAGCAGCCCCGUCAGAGAAGAGCUAUGCAUUCUGGCUGCUGCAGUCCAGAGCAAGCUGCUGCAAUGACAGCCUGCAGGUGCAGCAGCCUCUGGAGCCUGCAUUGAAACUAAAAGCCAACCUUCCAUUGCGCGGAGAAUUACUAUUACUGCUGCUAUUGUUGUGCUUAUUCAUUUCUGCACAAAAGAGACUUAAAAUAUGGCCAGUGGUAAUGUAUGCAGUUUACAGGAUGCCCAGAGCAGGCAUUGCAAGUUUCUAUCUUAUAUGUUCUACCAGGCUGUCCGAGAUCACAAACCUGUGUGGUUGUUAGAGGACAUGAGGACUAUGGAAUAUUUCUACUGGGAAGAGAGUGCUAACAUGAGGACAUAUUCCCCUUCAGAAGCACUGCUGUAUGCUGUGGUGCACAAUCACCUGCCUUAUGCCCAGUAUCUGCUGUCUCAUUUUCCAGAAGAGGCUCUCAAAGUUCCUGGAGACCAUUUUUGCUAUUGCCCAUCCUCUGCUCCUCAUUUAGCAAUGGCUGUAACCUAUGACAGGAGGGACAUCCUGGGGCUGAUCAUCAGCAUCGCACACAAGCUGCCUAGCCUGAACUCUUACAUCAAUAGGACCGGCUGUUUUCAUCUUGAAGAUGGCAAGACCCCUCUGCAUCUCGCCUGUGAGCUCCUGAGAUCAGAGACUGUUCUCAUCUUGCUAGGAAAUGGAGCUUCUCCUAGGAUAGAAGACAACAAAGGGCUCACUCCACUGGAUGUCAUCCUGGAACAGAUGUGGGAUUCCAAAGUCAACGUAGCUUCCAAAAACCUCUGCCUUGACUACCUCUUGCUCUUCAUGCCUAGCCCCCGCUUUAAGAUGCAGAAGGUCUUGCGGGAACAUCCUGAACCCUGGGCGGUGCUGCUUGGAGAGGACAAGUUCAACAGCCUGGUGGGGAACACGCCUGCAUCCUUAUACCUGCAAGCUAUGCAAACCAUCCUCCAGAUUCUCCCACCCUCUCAUUUCCCUAAAAGCAUCCAGGAACUACCUAUACCUCAGGCACUAAAACCCCUGCCUUGCAUGGGCAAGCAGCAUCUGGCAAAAAACGGGGUAAACAAUUUUCCAUGAUCUACUCUCUCUCUCUUUUUUUUUCAGGGUUAAAAUCCAAGAUAAGUGAUCAGGUAGGAUUUUCAAUUAUGUGAGAGGUUGCAAACCAAGCCCUGGUAUAAUUUUAUUUACGUUAAAUAAAACUACUUUUGGGUCAGUUGUAAGGAUUGCUGCCUGUGAAUUUUUUAAAUUUAGACAUGUAUUUAUCCCUGGUACCACUGAAAAUCCUGGUGAUACGAUUUGUUAAAUGCUAUUGCUAUUGUUCUUGUUAUUUCAAUGGAUUGCAAGCAUUGAACUUUUGAAAGAAAGAAAAUCUAUAUUGUUUUAUGCAUGUGAAAGAUUAAAUUACCUGAGCUGUUUCCCUUUUCUGCUUUGCCUACUGAAUAAUAAUGCCAAUUGUUAAGAUUUAGAUAAAUUAUCCUGGUUUUAAAAAGGCAAGGUAGCCAUUGGGUGCUAUGUGGACUUGGACUCCUGUAUGAUACCCUGGUAAAUCUAAACAUGCUGUGAUUUAAUUCUCCUGUGGGAGGAUCCUGGGUUUCAUGUUCUCCUCAUGUCGAACAUGUGGGACUGAGCCAAGGACUUGUCUAUUGCCUUAUAAACCAGCAGUUAUCAUUUUAACAAGGAAAACAGCAGUCCUCAAUCUGCAGUGCUUAGGAAUCCCUUUGCUGCAGGUUACAAUUGUUAUCGUAGUGAAAUCUUGGACUGUUAAAUUAAAAAAAUUGGUUGGAAUCUAUUUUGGAAAGACUAAGAGGGUUUAGGAACACAUAAGAGUCGGAAUGUCUGUCCGAAACUGUGUGCUGUGGAAGGCCCACUGUCGUUUAUCAGGAGUGGAAACUGCAAGUCACAGUGAUUUCUUUUCCACUAUGGAAGUCCCCUGAAGGAUUCAAGCUAUGUUUGAUUGCUUCAUUACAUUAAAGCAGCGGUUCUCAACCUGUGGGUCGGGACCCUGUUGGGGAUCGAAUGACGAUUUGCCAGGGGUCGCCUAAGACCAUCGGAAAUAUGGGAAGUAUAUUUGCGAGUCGAAGAAUCGCGCUCUAAUGGUUGACUCCAUAAGCCAACUGCAGGCUCUUUAAAUCGCUAGCCGAAUUUGGCUUCAGGCGCGAUGAAUUAAAAAAGAGAGAAAUCUUUGCUCUGAUGUCUCCCUCUCAGGCCAGCUGCAAUCACUCCCAAUCGCUAGCCUAAUCUGGCUUCAGGCACGAUAAACUUAAUAGGGGAGGAGUCUCCGCUUUAAUGCCUCCGUCCUCAAGGCAAUCACAAGCAGUUCAGAUUGCUAGCCAAUACGGCUUCAGGCGCGAUAAAUUCAAAACGAAAAUAAUUUUAUGGUUGGGGUCGCCACAUCGUGGGGAAUUGUAUUAAAGGGGUCGCAGCACUAUAAAGAUUGAGAACCACUGCAUUAAAGCAAUGCAUAACCCAUCUCUGCUUUUGUUUUUUUGGGGGGGAGGAGGGAAGGGUCAGAUAUAGUUCCCUGCUAGUCAAUUCAACCUUCAGGAGAGAUUUGUUUGAAUCGAGCACACUGCAUUGUGCUCGAGCUGUGCUAAUCAAGAAAUGGUUGGCAAGUGAAGCUUUGGGAAUGAUCAUCAGGCAGGCUUUAUUACAAUGAAAUGCAUGUUUGCCUAAAUAUCUUCCUUCCCGCUCUACGGUAUUCUCAUUCCAGCUUAUUGCUUUAAUCACUGAAGCGCCAUAGUUAAGAACUGUUCUUCAUACUGAUCCAUUCUAUCAGUAUGUAAUAGUUUUGCAAGUGUAGGCCUAGAACAGUGUUUCUUAACCUCAGCAACUUUAAGAUGAGUGGGCUACAACUUUCAGAAUUUCCUUAACUCUAACUCUGGCUAGAGAAUUCUAGAAGUUGAAGUCCAUCCAUCUGAAAGUUGCUGAAUAAUCCUGGUUUGCUGACAUGAUUUUUGUCAUUCCAAGGAAUUAUAACUUUUUAAAGCUAGUGAGAUGUUCUUGUUUUAGAUUGGUCACAUGUCUUCCUUUGCAGAAGCCUGUCCUCUUUUUAAAAGGCUCCCCAAGACAUAGACUUUUGAAGUUCUCUCAGUUCCAGAUCCAUUUAGAAGAGAGAGAACUAGAGGGCUGAUCUAAAAAGAGUCCACUCUAUUAGGCCUACUUUCCCAUUGAUAUUUUGAUAACCAAGAUGAUAAUGCUAAUAUAAAACAAUUAUUUAAAAUAUUCUACUGCUUACCAAUGGUUGCUCUCUCUCUCUCUCUCUCUCUCUCUCUCUCUCUCUCUCUUUCCCCCCCCCUCUCUCUCUCACACACACAAACAUAUACAUACACAGAGAGACUUAAUUUGCAAUAAUUCUACCCUACUAUAAAUAUAUAUUUCUGAGAAAUUUUUACCAAACACUGCUAAAGGAACAUAAAAUAACCUUUAAAAAGUUGUUGACCACUAUUUUCUUUUACACAACAUCUUAAUAACAUCCCAUGUACAGGGGUAUCAAAUAUGUAGCCCAUCACAUACUGGCCCCGCCCUGUUUUAGUGAAGGGGGAAAAAGUAGUGAUAUGUGACGUGACAUUGUGAGUUUGACACCACUGCCUUAGUACAUCAAGAUUCCCAAGGUGGUGGCGCAGGAGUUAGAAUGCAGUAUUGCAAGCUAAUUCUAUCUACUGCCAGCAGUUCAAUUCUCACCGGCUCAAGGUGGACUCAGCCUUCCAUCCUUCCAAGAUCAGUAAAAUGAGGACCCAGAUUUUGGGGGGUUAUAUGAUGAGUCUAUAAAUUGCUUAGAGCAGCCUGAAAAGCACUAUGAAGUCAAAAUCAAAGUCAAUGUCAAAGCCUUUAUUGUCAUUGUGUAUCAUGUAUACAACAAAAUUGGUUUAGCCUCUACUGGUGCAGUUCAUACAGGACAAUGUGAAUAAUAUGAAGAAGAAUCCUGAUACAAGGUAAAAACUAGUCAUAAGUUUCCAUAUGUACAACAUAUUCUGUGCAACAUGUAUAAUACUCAGGUGUAUAAUCUUAUAUUAUGGAAUAUUUAUUUAUUUAUUAUUUAUUUAUUUAUUCAAAUUUAUAUACCGCCCUAUCUCCCGAAGGACUCAGGGCGGUUCACAGGCAGAUAAAAAAACAUAUAUAUACAAAUUAAGAAAACCAUUAAGAAAACAUAUUCAGAAAGCCUAAUUAUUAAAAAUAAUACAAAUAUUAAAACCAAUUAAAACCCCUAUAAAAUUUAAAAAUUUAAAAUUUAGAAAAUUUAAAAAACUAGUCCAGUCCCGCGCAGAUAAAUAGGUGUGUUUUAAGCUCGCGACGGAAGG